CGGGGUCAUUACUGGUAUGCCGGAAUCCUAUGCAGAAUACUUAUUUGACACUUCAUUCGAUUUUUCUCAGACAUUCAGUGCCCCUUAAUUUUGUCAUAUAGACUUUUUUUCAAAUGAUUUUGCACGGCUACACUUUGACAAGCAGGGCAUUGUACUGCGCAUGCGUCGUUCCAGGGGUUUGGGUUCUGUUUACAGAAGGAAUGCUGUUGCAGAAGUAGUAAGCUAACUUGUGCAAUGUUAUGUCAACCGUCUUUGGAAUAAAACACAAUUGUGGACACAGGUGAUUUUACUCAUUUCCCCUCCAUUCAUGCGUCUGGCUUGGUUUAGCUGUCAUGGAUGACAAGGCCUCGGUGGGGAAAAUUAGCGUGUCGUCCGACUCAGUGUCCACCCUGAACAGUGAGGACUUUGUGCUGGUGUCGCGGCUGGGGGACGACACCCCAGGCUCCUCCAUUAAUAACGCUAGUGAUGAGGAAAAGACAGGACUGAAGGUGAUUUCUGAGGAAGGGGUCAGCUUUAAGAUUGUGGGGAACGGCAGUGAGCAGCAAUUGCAGAAGGAGCUGGAGGAUGUUCUGAUGGACCCCUCUGUAGCUGACCAGGUUCUGAGCGGUGGGGGUGGUGGCUGGGGAGACCAGGUGGGAGGGGGGGACCAUGUGUCCCAGCCCACCACAGCAGUACUACCCCAGUCCAUGCCCCAACCGUGCCCUGACCCCCUCAGCGACCCCCUCAACACCCUGCCAAAAGUUGAGAUGGUUCUGCCCGUCCAAUCCGCACAAGGUGCACAGGAGAGCGAGCUAAAUGAACGAUCGUACCGUGGGGAUGAGUCAUCAUCGGAGUGCAGCCCCAGUACACCCAUCCCAGACGAGGACAGUGUGGUCUUCAAUAAGCUGACCUACCUGGGCUGUGCAUCGGUCAAUGCCCCCCGCAGUGAGAUGGAAGCGCUCUGCAUGAUGACCGUCCUCAGAGGGCAGUGCCAGCUACCCCUGGACGUCACCCUAUCUGUGCCCGGCGUCUCAGAGGGCACCGUCAGGUUGCUGGACCCCCAGACAAGCACAGAGAUAGCCAGUUACCCCAUCUACAAGAUCAUGUUCUGUGUGCGUGGUCAUGACGGCACGCCUGAGAGUGACUGCUUUGCCUUCACAGAGAGCCACUACAACGCAGAGAUCUUCCGUAUACAUGUCUUCCGCUGUGAUAUCCAAGAGGCGGUCAGCAGGAUACUGUACAGCUUCGCCACAGCCUUUAGGCGGUCUGCCAAGAAGACGCUCCUCUCGGGCUUGGCUCCACCCCUGACGCCAGACAGCGACGUCUUCACCUUCACCGUCAGUCUAGAGAUCAAGGAGGAUGAUGGGAAAGGGACCUUUAGCGCUGUGGCGAAAGACAAAGACAAGAACAGCUUCAAGCUGCGUCCGGGAAUGGACAAGAAGGUCUUCAUCUACGUACAGCAGACGUCCAAUAACGAGCUGUCUAUAGAGAGGUGCUUUGGCCUACUGCUGAGCCCAGGGAAGAACGUGAAGAACAGUGACAUGCACCUGCUAGACCUGGAGUCGAUGGGGAAGUCCUCCGAUGGGAAGUCCUACAUCAUCACAGGGAGCUGGAAUCCCAGCACGCCCCAGUUCCAGGCUGUCAAUGAGGAGACACCCAAAGAUACGUUUAUCUACAUGACGACGGCGGUGGACCUGGUGAUCACUGAGGUGGAGGAGCCGGUUCGUUUCCUGCUGGAGACCAGGGUCAGAGUCUGCUCCCCCAACGAGAGGCUCUUCUGGCCAUUCAGCAAACGCAGCUACACAGAGACUUUCUACCUGAAACUCAGACAGAUGGAGCGUAAGAGGAACAAGGACACCCUGUACGAGGUGCUGAGCCUGGAGAGUGAGUUAGAGAGGGAGAGGAAGAAGACCACAGCCAGCCCCAACAUCCUGCAGUCUGCCUCCCAAGGAUCCAUGGUGCCAUCGCCCCCCGAGGAUGACGAGGAGGAAGACAAUGACGAGCCGUUGCUGAGUGGCUCAGGAGACGUGUCAAAAGAGUGUGCUGAGAAGACCCUGGAGACCUGGGGAGACCUGCUGUCCAAAUGGCAUCUGAACCUGUCUGUGCGUCCCAAGCAGCUCCCGGCUUUGGUGCGUAGCGGGGUCCCAGAGGCCCUCAGGGGAGAGGUGUGGCAGCUCCUGGCCGGUUGCCAUAACAACGACCACCAAGUGGAGGAGUACCGCACCCUCAUCACUAAGGAGUCUCCCCAGGACAGUGCCAUCACCAGAGACAUUAACAGGACUUUCCCAGCUCACGACUACUUCAAGGACACUGGAGGAGACGGGCAAGACUCACUCUACAAGAUAUGCAAGGCCUACUCAGUGUAUGAUGAGGAGAUUGGUUACUGCCAGGGACAGUCUUUCCUGGCUGCUGUGCUGCUGCUGCACAUGCCUGAGGAACAGGCCUUCAGUGUUCUGGUCAAGAUCAUGUUUGACUACGGACUCAGGGACCUCUUCAAGCAGAACUUUGAGGAUCUACACUGCAAGUUCUUCCAGCUGGAGAGACUCAUGCAGGAGUACAUCCCAGACCUGUAUAACCACUUCCUGAAUGUGGGUCUUGAGGCUCAUAUGUACGCCUCUCAGUGGUUCCUUACACUCUUCACAGCCAAGUUCCCCCUCUACAUGGUGUUCCAUAUCAUAGACCUGCUACUCUGUGAGGGCAUCAGUGUGAUCUUCAAUGUGGCUCUGGCUCUCCUGAAGACCUCAAGGGAAGACCUGCUGGCAACAGACUUUGAGGGGGCGCUCAAGUUCUUCCGGGUCCCGGUUCCCAAACGCUACCGCUCAGAGGAGAACGCUAAGAAACUGAUGGAGCUGGCCUGCAGCAUGAAGAUCAGCCAGAAGAAGCUGAAGAAGUAUGAGAAGGAAUAUCACAGCAUGAGAGAACAGCAGGAGCAGCAGGAGGCUCCCAUUGAGAGAUAUGAGAGGGAGAAUCGUCGUCUCCAGGAGGCUAACAUGCGUCUGGAGCAGGAGAAUGAUGACCUGGCCCAUGAACUGGUCAGCAGCAAGAUAGCCCUGCGCAAAGACCUGGACAACGCUGAGGAGAAAGCAGACACUCUGAACAAGGAGCUGUUGAUGACCAAACAGAAGCUGGUGGAUUCAGAGGACGAGAAGAGACGACUAGAGGAGGAGUCUGCACAGCUGAAAGAGAUGUGCAGACGGGAGCUGGGUAAAUCAGAGUCUGAGAUAAAGAACAAUGGAUCCAUCAUAGGAGAGUACAAACAGAUCUGCUCUCAGCUCAGUGAGCGUCUGGAGAAACAGCAGACCGCCAACAAGGGAGAAGUGGAGAAGAUCCGGCUGAAGGUGGAGGGCUGUGAGAAGUGCUCUGUCCUCUUCAACAAGGAGGGUCGUCUAAAGGCAGUGAAGAAGAUGGAGGGCAGCGAGGAAGAGACCGACGAGGAGAAGGAGGGUCUGAAGAACCAGCUCAGAGAGAUGGAGCUGGAACUGGCCCAGACCAAACUACAACUGGUGGAGGCAGAGUGCAAGAUACAGGACUUGGAGCACACACUGGGUCUGGCCCUGAACGAGGUCCAGGCAGCCAAGAAGACCUGGUUCAACAGAACCUUAACCUCCAUCAAGACCGUGACGGGAGCACAGGGGAAGGAGACUACCUAACCUGAGACCCCCCUCCUCUCCUCCUCGACCACAGACUGUUCCCUGCUGCUCCCAAACCUCGACCCGUUCCUCUCCCAGCCUCCCCCCUCCUCCCCCUGGUCAGGGGUACCAGCCACUAACUUGACCGGAGGAAACCAAACCUCACCACGACAGGAGUUUUAAAUAAGGACUGAGCUCAAAGGUACCACUGCCCCAAACUAAAUGAUAUACUUAAUUAAAAAAGAAACAGAAAAGAAAAGAGUCUUCAACGUUAGUCUUUAUACUACUGAUAUUUAACAGGUAAGGAAGGAGUUGUAGAGAGUUACCUGAACUGUCCUCUACCCAGACAUGGGAAAUACAGCGCUCCAUUUUACUAUCCUCUCUCCAGACAUGGGAAAUACAACACUCCAUUUUACUGUCCUCUCUCUAGACAUGGGAAAUACAACACUCCAUUUUACUGUCCUCUCUCUAGACAUGGGAAAUACAACACUCCAUUUUACUGUCCUCUCUCUAGACAUGGGAAAUACAGCACUCCAUUUUACUGUCCUCUCUCUAGACAUGGGAAAUACAACACUCCAUUUUACUGUCCUCUCUCUAGACAUGGGAAAUACAACACUCCAUUUUACUGUCCUCUCUCUAGACAUGGGAAAUACAGCGCUCCAUUUUACUAUCCUCUCUCUAGACAUGGGAAAUACAGCGCUCCAUUUUACUGUCCUCUCUCUAGACAUGGGAAAUACAACACUCCAUUUUACUGUCCUCUCUCUAGACAUGGGAAAUACAGCGCUCCAUUUUACUGUCCUCUCUCUAGACAUGGGAAAUACAACGCUCCAUUUUACUGUCCUCUCUCUAGACAUGGGAAAUACAACGCUCCAUUUUACUGUCCUCUCUCUAGACAUGGGAAAUACAGCGCUCCAUUUUACUGUCCUCUCUCUAGACAUGGGAAAUACAACGCUCCAUUUUACUGUCCUCUCUCCAGACAUGGGAAAUACAGCGCUCCGUUUUACUGUCCUCUCUCUAGACAUGGGAAAUUCAGCACUCCAUUUUACUGUCCUCUCUCUAGACAUGGGAAAUACAGCGCUCCAUUUUACUGUCCUCUCUCUAGACAUGGGAAAUACAACACUCCAUUUUACUGUCCUCUCUCUAGACAUGGGAAAUACAGCGCUCCAUUUUACUGUCCUCUCUCUAGACAUGGGAAAUACAACACUCCAUUUUACUGUCCUCUCUCUAGACAUGGGAAGUACAACACUCCAUUUUACUAUCCUCUCUCUAGACAUGGGAAAUACAGCGCUCCAUUUUACUGUCCUCUCUCUAGACAUGGGAAAUACAACACUCCAUUUUACUGUCCUCUCUCUAGACAUGGGAAAUACAACACUCCAUUUUACUGUCCUCUCUCUAGACAUGGGAAAUACAACACUCCAUUUUACUGUCCUCUCUCUAGACUACUUGUACCAAAAACAACUCCAACUGUAAUCUAGGUACUACCAGAGCUAACUAACAGCCUCCUCCUUUUCUAAUUUCUGUUCUAUGAUACCUUUCUUUUUCUAUAUAUGUGUGAUUAAUGUACGUGUGAGUGUUAAGGGGAGUGUGAAUGUUAAGGGGAGUGUGAGUGUGUGUGUGUUAGUGUGAGUGUUAAGGGAAGUGUGAGUGUUAAGGGAAGUGUGAGUGUUAAGGGAAGUGUGAGUGUUAAGGGAAGUGUGAGUGUUAAGGGAAGUGUGAGUGUUAAGGGAAGUGUGAGUGUUAAAGGGAGUGUGUGUUAAUGUGUGUGUGUGUUAAUGUGUGUGUGUUAAUGUGUGUGUGUGUGUUAAUGGGAGUGUGAGUGCUAAUGUGUGUGUGAGUGUUAAUGUGUGUGAGUGUUAAUGUGUGUGAGUGUUAAUGUGUGUGAGUGUUAAUGGGAGUGUGAGUGUGCAUGAGUACGUAUGUUUAUGUGCAUGUACAGGUAACUGCCAAAAUAAUGGAAGCAAUUAAAUGAGGGAUAGAAAGUAUUUUGAAAGCAGGUGCCUCCAUACAGGUGUGGUUCCUGAGUUAAUUAAGUAAUUAACAUCCCAUCAUGCUCAGGGUCAUGUAUAAAAAUGCUGGGCAGGCCAUUGUUUUGGCCACCAUGACUAUGCCCCCCAUAGGAUGACAAGACCCCCAUCCACAGGACACGAAUGGUCACUGAAUGGCUUGAUGAGCAUGAAAAUGAUGUAAACCAUAUUCCAUGGCCGUCUCAGUCACCAGAUAUCAACCCAAUUGAACACUUAUGGGAGAUUCUGGAGCGGCGCCUGAGAUGCCGUUUUCCAUCAACAAAACACCAAAUGAUGGAAUUUCACUUGUAGAAUCUAUGCCCUGGGUACAUUGGAGUUGUUCUGGCUCGUGGCGCCCCAGCGCUCUAUGAAGACACUUUAUGUUGCCAUUUCCUUUAUUUUGGCAAUUACCUGUAUGACUGAUGAUGUUUCUGAGUGUGGUCUUCCUGUGAAGUUUAGCAGGAUAGGAGCUGGGUGCUGUAUAGUGGGCUGAGGGGGGAGUUAUAUGAGGAAGAGUAUCUUACUGAUGAAGCCUUGAUUUGAAGGUUGAGGGGAACAUGGUAAACAUUAUGUACAGGGUAACAGUAGAUAUAUAAGCAGCAGCCUGGGGUCUGUCCGGUCGCUUGGUGUUGUAGCAGACAGAGGCAACUAGUGGUUGGUCCUGGCGCUGUCCUCACAGUGCGCUUUCUGGGCUGUCCGAACCUGGCUGGGCUCAAAGCAUGGGAGCUCAGUGGCUAGAAUUGCAGAGACAUAUGGGUGUGGCCCUCCCUUGCCUCAGACUCCACCCACAGACGUAGAACAGAACCUCCCCCCUUUGGGACUCCUCCCUCCAUGGAUACGUCCGAAAUGGCAUCCUACUGGUCUCCUAUCAAAAGUAUCCUACUAUAUAGGGACAAGGGUUCCGUCCUCCUCUCUGAGACCAGCUGUUCCUCUGGCUUCUGUACUAGAAGACCCUUCAUGACCUCUGACCUCAUCAGUCAAGUUUAUGCCAUGUUAUCCUAGUCACGGACACCACUCUCCCAAUAUAGACAUAGACAGACGCGCGUCACAGCCAGCCACCUACCGACCUACACUACUGACAGGGAGAGAAGGUCCUACUCUCUACUGACUGUGUGUGUGUGUGUGUGUGUGUGUGUGUGUGUGUGUGUGUGUGUGUGUGUGUGUGUGUGUGUGUGUGUGUGUGUGUGUGUGUGUGUGUGUGUGUGUGUGUGUGUGUGUGUGUGUGUGUGUGUGUGUGUGUGUGUGUGUGGUCGGGGUGGGGACUUUGCACCUUAACAUUCAUAUUUAUAAUGUAUGGUAUCUUUCUAAGCUUGCUUAAAGGGAAAAAUUCACUCAAAACCAAUUUUUUGUAUUUUUUUCACUAGUCCACUCUUGAUACAGUCUCAAAAUGUUUUGCAUGUCAGCAUUCAAGAAGCCAAGUGUCACUUGCCACAUCAUCAUUGCGUUUUGCAGUGUAUUUUUCCUUGAAGUCUGUGUUGAUGUCAGUGGAAGGAAGGCCUGUGUAAUGUACAGGGAACAGAGGUCGUUCUGUAAGGCACUGGCUUGUACAUAAGAAGCAUUAGAAUGAUGAUAAUGAUUACGAUUUUAAUUUUGUAUUUCUACUGCUGUAACUGAACUAAAUAAUAAUGUUGCCUAAAAUAACUAUGUAUUAUUGUACUGCGUUACAGAUUAAUGAUGAUCAUGACCUACAUACAGUACUAGUCGACAGUUUGGACACCUACUUAUUCCAGGGUUUUUCUUUAUUUUUACUAUUUUCUACAUUGUAGAAUAAUAGUGAAGACAUCAAAACUAUGAAAUAACACACAUGGAAUCAUGUAGUAACCAAAAAAGUGUUAAACAAAUCAAAAUGUAUUUUAUAUUUGAGAUUCUUCAAAGUAGCCACCCUUUACCUUGAUGACAGCUUUGCACUCUCUUGGCAUUCUCUCAACCAGCUUCACCUAGGAAGCUUUUCCAGCAGUCUUAAAGGAGUUCCCACAUAUUUCUAGAAAAUAGUAAAAAUAAAGAAAAACCCUGGAAUGAGUAGGUGUGUCCAAACUUUUGACUGGUACUGUAUGUUCUUUUGCUCAAAAGCUUUCCGUCGUCUUAAAUGUCAGACAAACUGCUGUCUCAUCCAUUACAUGACAAAAUGUACCUUUAUUCAUCCAACAUUUCUGAACGUGUGGACCAUUGUAGUAUAUGUUACAUUGUUGUCUUUACUUAAUGCAUUUUAAUAUAAAGCUGUGAACUCAGA